AUGUCUUCUAUCCUACCACCCCUACCGCCUUAUCUGGUGUAUUAUCCCCAGUACGGUCUAAUAGCCUGUGCUACACACCAGCAAGCACUAUAUGAGACUAAAAUUCUUGAUCAUGUAAUCAAGUUCCACCACAAUCUGUCUCUUACCGAGGCUGAUCUAGCUAGCUAUCGGCUGCUAUCUUUGGCUACUAGCCACCAUCUGAUCUUGGAAAUUCAGCCUAUUCCGCCGCUACCGACACUUAAACUACCACAAAACGGCUAUCAAUGCAAACUAUGCAAAUCUCUCCAUCUGAGCCAGCGUAGAUCCCGUGACCAUCUACGUGAGAGCCAUAGGAUUACAGGCUAUACAGCUCAGGAUGCAGAAGCUACUAUAUGCCCGAUCCAAGCCUUAGAGGGCUCAGCCUAUCUUUUUCGUGUUACCGAGCCUAGGCUAUCUUUGCCUACUACUCUCACUCGCAAGAGAUCUAGAGAGCUCUCUCUCUCAGGCUCGGUCCCUAGCCCAGGCCAGCGGCUAAAGAUAGCUACUCUGUCUCAGCUAGUUGGGCCUAGCCAGCCAGCUGCGCUCUCUCAGCCAACCGGGCUCUCUCAGCCAACUGGGCUCUCUCAGCCAACCGGGUCUCCCAGCCAGCCGGGUCUAGCCAGCCAGCCGGGCCUAGCCAGCCAGCCGGGCCCAGCCAGCCAACUGGGCUCUCUCAGCCUACCAGGCCUAGCCAGCUAA